CCAUGGAGACACUGCCCACAGGUGCCUGGCACGGCCACGGGGCCGAUUCCUGCUGCCCCGGCCAGCCCAGCCUGCAAAGCUGUGCCCUGUGGAGAGCGGGGGUCGUGUGGCACCGAGGGCAAAGCCCCCCCAGGGCUCCGGGCACAGCAGGGGCUGCAAGGCCACAAGUGCCGGGGCUGCCCCGGGCCGGGUCCGGGCGGUGCCGCUGUCCAAGGGGGGCCGGGGGUGGCCCUUUGUGACACGGGCACCUUCCAGGGCCCUUUGUGACACGGGACAUGGGGGUGCCCGGAGACCCUUGUGACAUCACAGAGCCCUGCCCUGCCCGCGGGGGUUUGAGGGGCACAGAGCCCUGGGGUGCCCACUCCCAGGAGAGCCCCUCUCGCAGGAGGAAGCAGCUCCCGGGAUCUCUCUGCCAGAGAGAACGAGAGAAGUUUUAGGAAGCGAAGAAAACGGAGAUGGACAAGCGCAACUCCCAGCCCAGCCAGGGGCAAACUCCGAGCCUGCCCAGGGUGAGGGACAGGGAGCCAACGCUGCCAUCUCUGCCACGACAGCCAAGGCAGCCACUGCUGCCACUGCGGCCGCAAAUGUCACCACUGGCACCACUGCCAGAGCAGCCAAGGCAGCCAACAAUGUCACUGCUGCCACCGCUGCCACCACUGGAACGACAGCCAAGGCAGCCAACACUGCCAUCGGUGCCACCACUGCCAAGGCAGCCAACGCUGCCACCACUGCCAUCGCUGCCACCACUGCCAAGGCAGCCAACACUGCCACCACUGUCAUCGCUGCCACCACUGGCAGCACUGCCACGGCAGCCAACGCUGCCACCACUGUCAUCGCUGCCACCACUGGCAGCACUGCCACGGCAGCCAACGCUGCCACCACUGACAACGCUGCCACAGCAGCUACAGGAGACAAGGAAGAUGAAGAUUUCUGAGGAGGAGAGGAAGAUGGAGAGGGACAAGAACAGGAAGAUGGAGAUGGAUAAGCCACCGCUGCCAGCACUGCCAGGGCAGCCAAGGAAGCAACAACUGCCACCGCUGGCAGCACUGCCACUGGUUCCACCGCAGCCACAGCCGCCACUGCCAGCACUGUCCAAGCUGCCACAGCUGCCAGCAGUGGCACAGGUGCCUCAACUGCCACGGCUGCCACCACUGCCCCAGCGGCCACCGCUGCCACCGGUGCCACGGCAGCCCCCAGUGCCAGCGCUGCCCUGCCCAGAGAGCCCCAGGGACACCGGGAGCCGGGGCACAGAGCUGGGCAGCGCGGGGGCACAGGAGGCCCCAGCCCGGCCCGCGCUCGCUGCCGGCGCCAGCUGGGAGCCUCCUCCUCUGCCGGCAGCUCCCUCGGCCGCUCCUGCCAGCCAGAGCAGCCUCCCCGGCACGGCACCGCUGCAGCACCAGCCUGGCACAGAGCUCAGCCUCGUGUCCGACACGCAGCUGCUGCAGGAGCUGCACAGGAGGGGCCUGCUCCGUGCUGGCACAGAUCUCAGCCUCAUCUCAGACACGCAGCUGCUGCAGGAGCUGCACAGGAGGCUCCUGCUCCGUGCUGGCACCACAGAGGCCCCACCGCUCCUGGGGGGCACUACAAGCCAAGGACAGUCCCAGCAGGAAGAGGACAAAGAGCUGUGCCAAGGGACAGAUGGCCUUGGCAAACAAGUGUCCCAAGGGGAAGAUGUCCACUUGGAAGGGGACUCCAAUGUCCAAGAGCUCUCCCAACUAGAAGAGGACAUUGGGGAACCACUGUCCCCACAGGAAGAGGACAUUUUAAAACCACUGUCCCCACGGGAAGAGGGCAGUGGCAAACCACUGUCCCCAGCAGAAGAAAACACUGUCCCGUGUGGCCCCACUGACUCGUCACAGCUGGAGCACCACGGGACUGGGAAGGAGCCGGACGUCGAGUCUCAGCUGCAGCACCCACAGAGGCGGCCCAGGAGUGGCCUGUUUGGAGGAAUGAAAAGAAUAAGGAACUGGUUCCGCAAGCCAAGAGACGAGGCAGCGGAACGGAAAUACCAGAGGAGGCAGGAGUACGUGGAGAUGUGGCUGGAAGCCCAUUUGUCCUGCAAUUACAACAUCAACGAAGAGAGGAGGCGCAAGGGUGAAGAGCUGGCGCGACAGAAAGCCGAGCAAAUGGAACGGGAGUACAGGGAGAAGUACGAGGGCAGAGACGACUGGAUUGAAGACUAUUUGCUCCGCAGUCCUUACUGUCCGCUCCCCAGAAAGCCAGAGCAGGAGAGGGACAGGCCCCAAGAGCUGGCCCAGGGGGAGGAGUCCAAGAGCCAAGGACUUGCCCAAGAGAAAGCUGACCAAGAGGAACGGCCGUGCCAAGGGCCAGAGGAGAACGACCAGGCCGAGGAGCUUUCCCAAGGGCAAGACAACAGAGUCCAAGGGCUGUCCCAAGGGCACGAUGACAAACCCUUGGGCCUGGACAGCGACGACGACCCCCUGGAGGGGCCCAGCUCCCUCUACAUCCCGAGCAAGACCCAGCGGCCUCUGUCUUCCAAGCAACCAAAGGCAGACACUUCUCCAUCCACCAGUGAGGAGCAGACCCCAGCAGGGUCCCGCAGCUCCUCCCAGGGCAGCCAAGUUCUGCAGGACACAGUCCAGCCCCUCAUCCACGACCUCCUGAGCAAGGCUGUGCUGGAGGUGGACACUUCUUCAUCCAUCAGUGAGUACUUCACCCCAGCACAGUCCCGGAACCCCUCCCAGGACAGCCAAGCUCUGUGGGACACAGCUCAGAAGUUAAUCCAGCACGUCCUGAGCAAGGCUGUGCUGGAGGUGGAGGCCCAGGCCCUGGGUGGGAAACGUCCCUCCCUGUUGAGGCGCACGCUCCGCGCUGUGCACAGGCUGUUCCGCUGGCCCCGCAGGCCGGCACAGCCCCACCAUUAG